AUGGCUGUCAAAGUUUAUAUUGUGUACUACUCACUGUAUGGUCAUGUGGAGAGACUAGCAAGAGAAAUAAUGAAAGGGGUUAAUUCUGUAGAAGGAGUUGAGGCCAAACUAUGGCAGGUACCUGAGACACUGUCAAUUGAGGAGCUUGGUAAGCUGAGAGCACCACCUAAGAGUGAUGUACCAAUCAUUACCCCUAAUAAACUCCCUGAAGCUGAUGGUUUUGUCUUUGGCUUCCCAACAAGGUUUGGAAUGAUGGCUGCUCAGUUUAAAGCUUUUCUAGAUACAACAGGAGGUCUAUGGAAAACACAAAUGCUUGCAGGCAAGCCUGCUGGAAUCUUCUACAGCACAAGUUCCCAAGGUGGUGGACAAGAGACCACAGCGCUCACUGCUAUCACUCAGCUGGUUCAUCAUGGAAUGAUAUUUGUUCCAAUUGGUUAUACGUUGGGUCCUGGCAUGUUGGAGAUGAAGGAACUGAAAGGUGGAAGUCCAUAUGGUGCAGGAACUUAUGCUGGUGAUGGUUCUAGACAACCAACUGAGCUUGAGUUGGAUCAAGCAUUCCAUCAAGGAAAUUAUAUCGCCACCAUUGCAAAGCAGCUCAAGGAUGAUACUCACCCAUUUUUUACUGAUAGAAUAUAUUGAGUUCUAUAUACUUGCUUGCAAAUUUUAUUUUACUUUUUACAAAAGCAAAUAUACUUUGCAUUGAGUUUUAUUUUUGUGCUACAGGUGCAGGGCUUGUUGUUAUUUGCUGAGUGAAGUUUCUUUGUCUUAUCUUUUCGUAUUAGAAAAUACUUGAUCUCUUCUUUUGUGUUCCCCUUUCAUGAAUUUUAGUAUCAAUAAGCAAACAAGUUUAA